CUUUGAUAGAGAACAAGUGUUAUUGUGACGUUUUGUCAGGUUUUUGGCUUUUUUUUUGCAGAAAAAAAUCUUUUUCUGUAUUUCCCUGAUAAAACCGAAUGUACUGGGUGGAAGUGAAGGACCAUACGGUCGAAGGGCCUUAAUUUCAUCUGAGCAUGCGAUCUAGAAGGAGAAAGCUGUGAAGGCGAAACUCGUCUCUGAGGCUUUUACUUUUUAUUUUUAACACGGGGAGAUGGAUGCUGUUCCGGACCGCUGGGACGAAAGCCAGCUCCGGAGCUAUGACAUACCGCUUACAACUAUUCCUAAGUACGACGUCCAGGAUCCAAGGGUGGAAGAGCUCAUCUCCCAACAUAAACCCGUCGUCAUCAUGAAUUCAGGGCUUGUAGCAUCUGCAAUGAAAUGGGACAUCAACUACCUUGCGAACCACAUGAGCAACACCAGCUGUACGGUCAUCAUAUCAAAGAACCACAAGUUCAAGUACUAUGAUGUCAGGACCGUCUUGCCAUCGGUGAAGGCCAAGUUUACCCCUCCAACCAGACAGAUGACAAUGAAGGUCGCCGAUUUCGCUAAAAGGCUGAAAGAAUGGAAGAAAGGCGAUGAAAGAUUCUAUCUACAGCAAAUACUAAACAACACUGUCGGACCAGGUAUUGUCCAUGAUUUUUUAAAAUUCAGGUGGGACUGGAUACGUGGUAUCCAAAAGAAGAUGAGGUGGGGUGAAUUAACAUCGAAUCUACUACUCAUAGGAAUGGAAGGAAAUGUAACGCCGUGUCAUUAUGAUGAACAAGAGAACAUUUUCGCUCAAGUGCGGGGUUUCAAAAGGUUUAUUUUAUUUCCCCCAGAGCAGUUUGCAUGUUUCUACCCGCAUCCUGUUUAUCAUCCUCAUGACAGGCAAAGCCAGGUAGACUUUGAUAGCCCUGAUUUGGAAAAGUUUCCAAAAUUCGCCGAGGUCAGGGGAGAAGAGGCAAUCGUCGGCCCCGGUGACAUAUUAUACAUACCAAUUUACUGGUGGCACCACGUCGAGUCGCUCAUGAAUGGCGGGUAUACCGUCUCUGUGAACUUCUGGUGCAAAGCAGGUCCUAUCGGUGAGAUUAUUUAUCCUCUCAGGGGUGAUCAGAAGGUCACGAUAAUGAGGAACAUUGAAAAAACUCUUGUCGAGGCGCUUAAGGACCCUGAGGAUGUUGGGCCCCUUCUGAGAGCCAUCGUAUUGGGAAGGUACACAGAAGAAUCUGAAGAAAUUUAAUUCCCCAUAAAGAUGCAUUUCUUUAUAUAUAUUUUAUGAUAAAAAGUUGUAAUUAUUAAAAGAACAAUGGUGAACAGUGGUGGGACACUUUACUCAAAUUAUGGUUCAUUAUGGCAAAUAUUUGGAGUUUUAUCUGAUAAAUGUGAGAGAACUGUAUUUCCUCAGAAUUUGAUUUAUAUAAUAUUACAUAAAUAAACAAAUAAUAUGUAAAAAAGAUCUGUUAUAUUAUAACUCAAAUUUGAAUGAUAUGAUUAAUCAAGUGGUAAUAUUUAGUUAUU